AUGGCGCUGGUUCUCGCCGCUACGUCCAAUUCCGUCGUCGCCGCCGCCGCCGCCGCAACAGCAGAAACAGCAGCCUCGAUUGUUGUCUCUGCUUCUGAUGCCGCAGAACGUAGCAGCCCCUGCCGCAAGCGCCGCCACGUGGUCGAUGGAGCCGAUGGCGGCGCCGCAUGCACUACGAGAAGCUCGCCGCCGACCGCCGACCACGCCGCCGCUGGUAAAGCUUCUCCAGGCUCUGCGACCAAUGCCGUCGGUGGCGCCGUCGCCAUGUCGCAUGCGGCCGCCGGCGAAGCCGUGCGACGCGUGGGGACGGGGAUUUCUCUCAAGCGCCUCAAGACGGAGAGCCGCGCGCGCAGCUGGGCGGCCAGCGGAGCUUCGCCGCGCGGCGCAUCAGGCGCAGGCGGCGGUGCGCGCCAAGGCGCCGGAAAGAGCGGCGGAAAUGCGCGCGCCGCAUCCUCUGCCGGCGGAGCUCACGGAAGGAGCGGCGGAGCGGGUCCGACAGCGUCUGCCGCCACGACCAGCGGAGGCGGAGAGCUAGCUGUCGCCUUGUCCGAUGGCGGCGGCGGAGGCGGAGGCGUUGGCAACCUUACCGCAGGAGGCGCCGCGGUGACCCUGCACCGCGACCGCCACAGCAAGGUGCAGACGUCCAAGGGGCUCCGCGACCGGCGCGUGCGCCUGUCCGUCCCCGCGGCGCUCGCGUUCUACGACGUGCAGGAUCGGCUCGGCGCGGACCACCCGUCGGAAGCGCUGGAGUGGCUGCUGAUGCACGCCGCGCAAGCCAUCGCGCACCUUCCCUCCGCGCCCCAUGGCGGCGGCCGCGGAGGUGAUGGCUCCGCGGGGCGCGCGACGGCGACGACGGCGGCGGCGGCCUUAUCGACAGGCACCUCGCUCCCCGCCCCUGCGGCUGGCAACGCCCGCGCAGCUGCGCGCGCUGCUGCACAAGCCAACGCAGCAGGGGGUGGCGGAAGGGGAAAUGGCGCAGCGGCGGCUGGUUCUGGUGCUGCUCCGAAAGCUGCUGGUGGUGGUGUCGCUGGUGCUGGUGGCGUGGAUAGCGGAGUUACUUCCGAGGUACCUGCGGCGGCUGCUGCACGUCCCGCACCGUCAUCACGUCCCGUGCCUGCUAUGUCCGCGCCUGCGCCAUCAAUCCCCACCAGAGCCGGCAGCACCGGGUGCUCGCCUGCGCUUGCUUGCGCUGGCCUCACUCCUAGAAGACUCGCCUCCCCUCUCGCGCUCCCUCCCCCCAUCCCACCCCCCCCCGCCGCUGCUUCCGCCGCCGCCGCUGCUGCUGCUCCUGGCGGUGCGGCCAGUCUUUGCCUUCCCCAGGCGCACCUGGCGGCGCACCUGGCAAGCUCCGCAGUGGGCACAGCAGCAGCGCUGACGGCUGGUGUGGGUGGGCGGCGGCAGCAGAACCACGUGGUGUUCGCCCUGCCUGCCACUCCUGCCUCCUCCGCACCUGCCGCUACCGGUGCUGGCGCCAGCACCGCUGCUGCUGCGACUACCGCCUCUGGUGGGGCACCCGUGGAACAGUCAGCACCUGCUGCUUGUGUUGACGUGUCUGGUGGCCCUAGAGCGUCCACGUCUCUCAUUGGCUGUGCUGCUACUGCUGGUGCUGCUGGUACUUGCUCAGAAGGAGAGGCUGGGGAGGGGGAGGGGGAGGGGGAGGAGGAAAAGGAGGAUGACGAGGACGACGAGGAUGGGGAGGAGGAGGAAGAUGAGGAGGAGGAGAGGGAGAGGCAGAGGAAGAAGGUGGUGGUGCGUGGGCUUGUGGCAAAAGCAGUGGCGGCGUGUGGAGGUGUGGUGGAGGGGGAGAUAGAUGGAGUGUACUGUGUGAAGCGCGAGGGGAAGAGGCUGCGCUUACCAUCCGACCAUGGAGGGAAAGGCAAGUCGUUUUCUGCUGCCGCUGCCGCUGCUGCCACUGCUGCCGCUGGUGCUGGUGAUGCUGGCUGUGCUGGUGGUGGUGGUGAUCCGAUGGUGGUGGUGGCAGCAGGGCAUGCAGCGGCGUCACAGCAAGGCGGCAAGGCCAUCCCAGCAACAGCAGCAGCAGCAGCAGCAGGCGCAGCAGUGGCGGGCAAGAGCAUGUGGGCUAGUCCCGGCAUGCUGGCAUCCGCCUUCUCGAGCAGUCUAGGUGAUCUCAUGGAUCUAGGUGGGCCUGAUGGCUGCGACCUCGCUCUUGCCAUGGGCCUGCCGCCCUCGCCCCUGCACUUCCCUGCCAUGCACCAUGCGGGUGGGGAUGUGCAUGGCGGUGGGGGAGAGGGUGGGGGUGUGGAUGGGGAUGGGGAGGAUGAGUUGGCGCAAGCGCGUGCUGAUGAUGAUGGGUUUGCGUUAUGUGCUGGUGCUGGUGCUGGUGCUGGUGCUGGUGCUGGUGCUUGGAGUGAUAGUGGGGAUGCUGGUGGGUGUGGGGCUGCUGUAGCGGACGGGAGAGGGGAUGGGAUGGGGCAUGAGGGGCAGGGGGAUGCCAGUGUGCAUGGUGGAUACCAUGCUACUGCUACUGCUGCUGCUGCCUCAUCUCGCCAUACUGCUCGUGCCGCUGAUGAUGCCGAUGCUGCUGCUGCCACUGCCGCUACCACUGCUGCUGGUGGGGUGAACGACACCCUUACUGCCAACCCUGCUGCUGCUGCUGCUGCUGCUGCUGUUUCCAACGGGGAAGGGACAUCUGCUGGUGGUGCGACUCGCAGUGGUGUGAGCGCCGAUCGCCCUGCCCUUUCUCAUCUGGAGUCCGCUCAGGAACUGGCUGCUGCUGCGUCUCUCUGCGCGCCUAUAGACGAGCGAGGUGACGAGGAGCACCAUCAGCACCGCCAGCAGCAACAGCAGCAGCAGCAGCAGCAGCAGCAGCAGCAGCAGCAGCAGCAGCAGCAGCAGCAGCAGCAGCAGCAGCAGCAGCAGCAGCAGCAGCAGCAGCAGCAGCAGCAGCAGCAGCAGCAGCAGCAGCAGCAGCAGCAGCAGCAGCAGCAGCAGCAGCAGCAGCAGCAGCAGCAGCAGCACAACCAUCACCAUAACCAUCUUAAUCACGAGCAUGAACACCAGCAGCAGCAGCAGCAGCAGCAGCAGCAGCAGCAGCAGCAGCAGCAGCAGCAGCAGCAGCAGCAGCAGCAGCAGCAGCAGCAGGAACAGCAGGAGCAGCAGGAGCAGCAGCGGCAGGAGUUGAGUGAGGUGAAUGUGGGAGACGUGAUAGUGGAGGAUGCGGCCAGGAGGAUGGAGCUGGAGCAAGAAGCACAGGAGCACCAGCACCACCCACACUCACUUCCCUUGUACAGCCCGUCUUCUCCUGCGGCUGCUGCCGCCGCUGCCGCUGCAGCUGGUACAUCCCUUCCCGCUCUGCCCUCAAUCCCCACGCUGCGCUCCUCCAUGCCUGCAAUGCACUGCCGCAUGCACCCAGCAGCAGACCCUUCCAGUGCCUCCUGGGGAAGUCCCUUCACCUCUCACCGCGCUUUCACCCCGUUCGCCCCGCUCCACCACCCACCCAUGGGUUUGCUGCCCUCAUCCCCAGCAGCGGCAGCAGCAGCAGCAGCUGCGGCGGCAGCGGCGGCUCGUGCAAGGGCGAUGAUGGGAGGAGAUACAGGUACAGGGCUUAUAUCAGGCGCGUCUCAUGUCAUGGCUGGCCAUUCUCUGGGGUCUGCACCGCUAGGCCUGCCCUGGUAUGAUGGUGUGGCGCAGCAGCAGAUGGGGUAUCCGCCUGUGUCUCCCGCAUCUGCUGCUGCUCUGGCUCCUCCGGCUGGUAUGCCUGCUGGCGCUCUGGAUGCUCCUAGUGGUGGUGCUGCUGGUUCUGUAUCAUGGUCGUUUGAGCAUCACCGUGAGCAUGAUCAACAGCAGCAGCAGCAGCAGCAGCAGCAGCAGCAGCAGAGCUUACAAGACGGACAGAAGCAACACCAGCAGCAGGAGCAGGAAGGUGGUGAGAGCAACGGGCAGUCACACAAGGCUCAGGACGGAUCAUCAGCCUCCUCUGCUGCCAAUGCUGCAGUCGCCUCUGCUACUGAUCCCACCGCUUCUGUCUCAGCCUCUGCUGCUUCUGCCUCCCUCACGCCGCCUGCAGCAGCUGCUGGAGCCGUGGCGGCAACAUCCACCACCACCACCACCACCACCACCACCACCACCACCACCUCCCACCCACUCCCCCACUCUCACCACCAGCAGCAACUCCUUCUGGCCUCCACUGGCUCAUCCCUUGGUGCUGCUGCAGCAGCAGGAGGAUCAGGGACCCUGUAUCCCUACACCCCGAUGCGCCAUGCUCCCCUGGUCUACACUCACGCGCACUCUGCUUUCUACCCGGAUGCCACAGCAGCUCGGUACCUCCCACCGCCCAUGGUACUGGCUCCCUUGCACGACUCCCAUCUCCAUCCCGCACAUGGCCUGCAUUCCGUGUGCUCUAGCAGGCACACCAGCAGUGCCAGUGCCAGUGCCAGUGCCAAUGGAAGUCACAGAGAAGGUACUGGUACCGGGGAUUUGUGCAGUAGGCGUGCGCACGGUGUUGGGAGGGAGUUUGGGAGGGGGCUGGGGAGAGAGUAUGGAGCAAAGGAGCAGUGUGUGCAGGCAUGCUGCAACCCUGUUGCUGCUGCAUUAGGUGGAGGUACUAAUGCUUCAGCUGCUCCCACUGCACAUACAUUUGAAGGCUUUUGA